CUUGCAGACGAAUAACAUAAAUCAACAAAAUGAAAUUCAUCAUCGUCUUAGCCGCUCUCUUCACUGUCGCUUUGGCGCGUCCAGGUGAUGUUGAAAUCGUAAAAUUGGAAUCUGAUGUGCAACCGGAGUCCUACAAAUACGCCUAUGAGACCAGCGAUGGUACAUCACACAGCGAAGAUGGUACAUUGAAGGAUGCUGGCACUGACCAUGAAGCUAUUGUUGUACACGGUACAUUCUCUUGGGUUGAUAAGGAUGGCCAAAAAUAUACUGUCAAUUACGUAGCUGAUGAAAAUGGUUUCCAACCAGAAGGUGACCACUUGCCAAAGGCUUAAAUAUUUUAGAUUGAUAGUCAUAGUAAUAAAUUUGUCAAAUACUCAUAAAACUAAAUCAUAUGUAAUGUAUAUAAUGUGAAAUGUAUAUAAUUCAAUAAAUAACGAACAUGUCUGUAAAUAUGACACUACA